UCUCUGAGGUUCUCUGCAGGAGAGUUACAUCACGUCACUGAGCUUUUGACCUUGUGGGGACAGACCUUGGGACCGAGGGUAGAGGAGUCACAUCCCAAUAUGAAGACUGUCACCCUCCUUGUGUUUCUUUGGGGGCUGUCCUGUGCUCUCCCAGUCACCAGAUACCAAAAUACUGAAUCUGAAAGCUCUGAAGAGAGGACAGGCAAUUUGGCUCAGUCACCACCACCACCCAUGGACAGUGAGUCAUCAGAAGACAGUAAAGCUAGCCCAGAGGGACAGGCAAAUAGUGACCACACGGACAGCAGUGAGUCUGGAGAGGUGCUGGGCUCCGACGGAGGCCAGUAUAGACCGGCUGGUGGUCUCUCUAAGACUACGGGAACCGGCGCCGAUAAGGAGGACGAUGAAGACGACAGUGGAGAUGACACCUUUGGCGAUGAGGACAAUGGCCCAGGGCCCGAAGAAGGACAGUGGGGAGGACCCUCCAGACUGGACAGUGACGAGGACUCUGCAGACAACACACAAUCCACCGAAGACAGCACCUCUCACGAAAACAGUGCCCAAGACACGCUCAGUGACAGCCAGGAGCACGACAGUGAGAGUGAGGGACAUCGGGUGGGAGGUGGCAGCGAGGGGGCGAGCAGCCACGGGGACGGCUCCGAGUUCGACGAUGAAGGGAUGCAGAGCGAUGACCCCGGGAGCACGGGGAGCAACCGAGGCCACGGCAGGAGGAGCAGCGCUGGUAUCAGGUCGGAGGAAUCUAAGGGGGCCCAUGAGCCCACAAGCACGCAGGAUUCAGAUGACAGCCAGGCAGUGGAGUUUUCGAGCAGGAAGUCCUUCCGAAGGUCGCGCAUCUCCGAGGAAGACGGCAGAGGUGAGCUUGCUGACAGCAGCAGCAGGGAAACGCAGAGCGACUCCACAGAGGACACCGCCUCCAAGGAGGAGAGGAGCGAGUCUCAGGAGGACACAGCCGAGAGCCAGUCCCAGGAAGAUAGCCCGGAGGGCCACGACCCCAGCAGUGAGUCCAGCGAGGAGGCUGAUGGGCCAUCCCAGGAAAGCAGCAGCGAGUCUCAGGAAGGGGCGGCCACUGAGUCCAGGGGUGACAACCCAGAUAGCACAAGUCAGGCAGGAGAGCAAGGAGACAGUGAGUCCAGUGAGGAGGACAGCCUGAGCACACUCUCCAGCUCAGAAAGCCAGUCCACCGAGGAGCAGGCUGACAGCGAGUCCAACCAGAGUCCCAGCCUCUCAGAGGAGAGCCAGGAGUCCGCCCAGGACGGGGACAGCUCCAGCCAGGAAGGCCUCCAGUCGCAGAGCGCAUCAGCCGAGAGCCGGAGCCGGGAGAGCCAGUCUGAGCAGGACAGCCGAUCUGAGGAGGACGGUGACAGUGACUCUCAGGACAGUAGCCGCUCCAAGGAGGAGAGCAACUCUACAGGGAGCACUUCCAGCAGCGAGGAGGACAUCCUCCCCAAAAACAUGGAAGCCGACACUAGGAAACUAAUGGUUGAUGCCUACGACAACAAACCUAUCGGGGAUCAAGAUGACAACGAUUGUCAGGACGGCUACUAGCAUUAGCGUGUCUAAGAAAUGGCUCUCACAGGACGGAGUCCUGGGGACCCCAGAGUAGGGCGUUCACUAGAACUAUAACUUAUUGAUGUUUUUGAUCAGAAGGAAAACCAGGGGAGGGCUUUUUUUGUUUGUUUUUUUUGUUUAAUUGUUUGUUUGU